AGCAAAUAACGAGACUCCGUGGGCGUAGGACCCUCCAAGCCAGGUUUUUAAAGAAAACAAUUUUUAAAGAAAGGAAGUGAACAGAGAAACCAAAUGCGUGCCUUUUUUUUCUUUUUUACAGCUGCAUGGAAUUUUAGUGAAUCCAGAGGCCUUGUUCCCCAUAAUUUGGAAUUCUCAUUCAAAUUUGACCAAGUCAGGUAGAGUUAAUCCAAUCUGAUGGAAGAAAACCAAAAUAACAAAACAAAUAUGAUUACUGAGAACUUUUAAAGGUAAGGAGAAAUUAAGACCAGUUACUUGUCAAUCUUAACUUUCAGUCACUAAGGAGAAUUUUUUUCAAGACAAAACUCCAAUUGAGCUACUUACCUAGGAAUGAGGCUUAGGCUGAACACUGCUGUCUACCAUCUGUGAAGCAGGAAAAAACUCAAACUCGCUUUCUCUGUUGGAAGCGAGCAGAACCUCCAGAAAGGAGUUGCUGGCUCUCCAUCAUCAUGGAAACAGGAAAACUAAUCUUCCUUGUUGGAAGUGAGUAAAACUCCAGGAAAGGAGUUAUAAAGCAAAAUGAACCUCAGACCUCAACCAAAUUUGGGGAGAGCAAUGAUUCUCUGAAAGGACGUCCCAGACCUCAGCAAAUUGUAUUAUUGGUUUGAGCAAUAAAGAUAGGCCAAGCUGGUACCAAGCACAGAUAGAUUUGUCAAAGAUCAGGCCACCUCGUCUCUUCCAUUGGCCACCAGUUUAUAAACCAAAGAGUAUCUGAAACAGGUCUCAAUCAAUUCAGAAGUUUAUUUUGCCAAGGUUAAAGACAUGCCUGGAAGAAAAUAACAUGGACCCACAGGAACAGUCUGUGGCCUGAGUCUUUCUCCAUAGAUAAAUUUGAGGGCUUCGAUAUUUAAAGGGAAAAUGUAGGCUGGAGGGGAGAGGGGUAGGGUAUAGUAAUCCCCAUGUUGUAAUAGAAGAGAAGCAGGUAUGGGAAUAGGCAAUUAUGUAUUCAUCUCAUGCUCAAUAAAUUGGCACUUUACGUAAGAUAAGCUACCUCUGGAAUUAUUUAACUUUUUAUCUCUAGCUAUCUGCUUAGCAACAAAAGGAAAGGCAGCUUCUUGCAUGACUCGGCUUUCAGCUUCAUUUGUUCCUUUUGGCAUAAUGAAUUGGGGUCCCAAGUUCUUAUUUUUCUUUCACAGCUUUAUAUCAACUGGGAACUUGGAGAUAAAGCUGAAAAUGUGUUGGCAACUUUCUUUUUCAAAUUCAGAGUUUAUGUUCUGACACAGGAUUGUCUAAUUAGCCCUCUUAGGCCAUGGUAAUUGGAACAGCAAGGGGACUGUUUUUAUUGUAAUGUCUACAUCUACACAGUCAGCCUAUGUAGAUGUCCUUAAAAUAAGCAAGAAGAGUAAAUGGAGAUGAAAUUGGAGAGAGAGAGAGACAAUGCUGCAUUACAAUUCUAUUUCCUCAUUUAGAACAUGCUGAGAAAAGCAGUUAUUUGUGCUCUGCAAUUGCUCUUUAAACAUGUGUGAAGGAAAAGCCUGAAAUUUUUACUAAAAUACAUCCAAGUGUUUGUUAGGCUGAGGGUUUCCACAUUCUGAGCAAGUUAUUUUAUUUAUACAAGAAUUGUCACAGGGAAUUCUCAGAAGAGCCACCUACUUGAGGAAAAAAAUCACAGAAAAUCAUUACAUAAAAGCUAGUUUUUGUUACAUUUUGUAUAUUUUGUGGUAUUUUUAAUAUAUAUACUUGUCGUAUUUUAAAAUAUUGAAUUUAUUAUUCUAAACUGUAAGGUGGAAAUUCUGCACAAUAAACCAUUAGAAGAAAGUACGCUCUCCCUCACCUAGUUAGGAAGUGGCAAAGGAAAGCAAGGACAGGGUUUCCUGCACUCAGCGUAGUUUCGGGAAGAGUACAGAUUCAAAAGUACUAUGAGAAAGUGCCACCUGUGCACUCAGUCAUAAAACCGUGGAGCUCUGUCCUAUUGUGCCAGAAUGAUUCUCUCAGAUAACUACCAGUUCCCUCAGGCCCCAACAUACAAGCUUGGGCUGCAGAAGAAGGCCUUACAUUUGUGCACAAGGUGUUCUGUGAGAUGUAGAGCAACAUUCUUGGGGGUGUGUUCACACCUAAAUAUUCUAUUUUUUGUUCUCUUGACCAUUAAAUCUUAAAUAAUAAUGGCUAAUAUUUACAUAGUGCUUUUCUUUUUUUAAUUUUUGAUUUUUAUGGGUACAUAGUAGGUGUAUAUAUUUAUGGGAUAUAUAAGAUAUUUUGAUACAAGCAUACAAUAUGUAAUCAUCCCCUCAGGGUAAAUGGAAUAUCUGUCACCUCCAGCAUUUAUCCUUUGUGUUACAAACAAUUUAAUUAUACUCUUAGUUAUUUUUAAAUGUAUAAUUAUUAUUGACUGUAGUAACCCUAUUGUGCUAUAAAACACUAGGUCUUACUCAUUUUUUUCAAUUUUUUAUACCCAUUAACCAUCCUCACUUCCUUCCAAUCUUCCCACUACCCUUCCCAACCUAUGGUAACCAUCCUUCUUCUAUCUCCAGGAGUUCAAUUGUUUUAAUUUUUAGCUCUCACAAAUAAGUGAGAACGUGCAAAGUUUGUCUUUCUGUGUCUGGCUUAUUUCACUUAACAUAAUGACCUCCAGUUCCAUCUAUAUUGUUGCAAAUGACAGGGCCUUCUUUUUUUAUGGCUGAAUAUUACUCCAUCAUGUACAUGUACCACAUUUUCUUUGUCCAUUUGUCUGCUGAUGGACACUUAAGUUGGUUCCAAAUCUUGGCUAUUGCAAAUAGUGCUUUAAUAAACAUGGGAGUGCAGAUAUCUCUUUAAUAUCCUGAUUUCAUUUUUGGGGGGAUAUUACUAGUAGUGGGAUUGUUGGAUCAUAUGGUAGCUCUAUUUUUAGUUGUGUAAGGAAACUCUAAACUAUUUUCUAGUAGUUUUAGUAAUUUACAUUCCCACCAGCAGUGUACAAGGGUUCCCUUUUCUCUGUAUCUUCAACGGCAUUUGUUAUUGUCUGUCUUUUGGAUAAAAGCCAUUUUAACUGGGGUGAGAUGAUAUCUCAUUGCAGUUUUGAUUUGCACUUCUCUGAUGAUCAGUGAUGUUGAGCACCAUUUCAUAUAACUGUUUGCUAUUAGCAUGUCAUCUUUUGAAAAAUGUCUAUUCAAAUAUUUUGUCCAUUUUUAAAUCAGAUUAUUAGAUUCUUGAGUUGUUUGUACUUGUUAUAUAUUCUGGUUAUUAAUCCCUUGUCAAAUGGGCUUUGCAAAUAUGUUCUCCCAUUGUGUGGGUUGUCUCUUCAUUUUAUUGUUUCCUUCACUCUGCAGAACCUUUUUAACUUGAUGUGAUUCCAUUUGUCCAUUUUUGCUUUGGUUGUCUGUGCUUGUGGGCAUUACUUAAGAAAAUUUUUCCCCAGAUCAAUGUCCUGGAGAUUUUCUCCAGUGUUUUCUUGUAAGAGUUUCUUUGUAUAAGGUUUUAUAUUUAAAUCUUUAAUCAUUUUAUUUUUGUAUAUGGCAAGAGACAAGUGUUUACUUUCAUUCUUCCACAUAUGGAUAUCUAGUUUCCCCAGCACCAUUUAUUGAGACCGUCCUUUCCUCAAUGUAUGCUUUUGGAGCCUUUGUCAAAAACGAGUUCACUAAAGAUGUAUAGAUUUGUUUCAGGGUUCUCUAUUCUGCUUCACUGGUUUAUGUGUCUGUUUCUAUGCCAGUACCAUGCUGUUUUGGUUACUAUAGCUCUGUAGUAUAAUUUGAAUUGAUAAAGUGAUUCCUACAGUUUUGUUCUUUUUGCUCGGAAUAGUUUUGGCUAUCCUGGAUCUUUUGCAGUUCCUUAAAAUUUUUCAGAUUUUUUUUUUGUUUUGUGAGGAAUGUCAUUGGUAUUUUGAUAAGGAUUACAUUGAAUCUCUAGAUUGGUUUGGGUAGUAUGGACAUUUAAAUAUAAUUGGUUCUUCCAAUCUAUGAACAAUGAAUAUCUCUCCAUUUUUCUAUGUGACCUCUUCAAUUUCAUUCACCAGUGUUUUAUAAUUUUUAUUGUGGAAAUAUUUCACUUAUUUGGUUAAAUUAGUUCCUAGGUAUUUAAUUUUCUUUGCAGCUAUCGUAAGAAAAACUGAUUAAGGUUGGACAGAUUUGUCUGUAAAGUUUUAUUAAAGAUUGGGGUUGACAUUAAGAGUACACUAAUGCAAGGGUGAAAUUUGGCUUUCGCUCAUGAACAAGAUUUUCAUCUAAUGUUAAAGGAUAAUGAAAGAUUUUUGCUUGCCUUUUAAAUAAACUACAGGAAAAAGAAGGGAAAGACAAGAGGCAGAUUGGAAAGCUAAAUGUUCCCUCUAUCAAUAAGUAAAAGUUUUUGCCUUUUUGAAUUUUUUGAGUCAUUAUUUUGGCAAAAUAAAUGACUUAUGGUGACCUGGAAUUCUAUUUUAUAAUAUCAAGUGUUUGAAAUCUUUAAUAUAUUUGGCAGGCUUCCCAAAAUCAAAUUUCAGCUUCAAAAUUUUCUUUUCCAACCUCUAACUUUGGGAUAAUACAGAGGGCCCCUGAAGCAUCCAAAAGAUAGGUAAACAGGAUUAUUUGACAUGUUAAGUUACAUGGGAAGUAUUGUCAAAAUAAAAAAUAAUGUUCACUUUUCUUCAGGUUAUAUUUUAGUGAAUGUUAAUAUAUGUUCCAAAAUUGUAUGGGAUUUCUAAAAUUCUAAUAUGACUAAAUAUAUACUAUCAAUCAUAAUUAUGGUUAUUAUAUUAGUCCAUUUUCAAGCUGCUGAUAAAGACAUACCUGAGAGUGGGCAAUUUACAAAAGAAAGAGGUUUCAUUGGACUUACAGCUCCACAUGGCUGGGGAAGCCUCACAAUCAUGGUGGAAGGCAAGAAGGAGCAAGUCCUGUCUUACGUGGAUGGCAGCAGGCAAACAGAGAAUGAGGAAGAUGCAAAAGUGGAACCCCCAGAUAAAAUCAUCAGAUCUUGUGAGACUUAUUCACUACCAUGACAAUAGUAUGGGGAAACCACCCCCAUGAUUCAGUUAUCUCCCACUGAGACCCUCCCACAACACAUGGGAAUUAUUGGAGUACAAUUCAAGAUGAGAUUAGGGUGGGGACACAGAGCCAAACUGUAUCAGGUAUUAUGUUAGUUAUUGUAGAUCACAGAAAUAACGAAAUUUCCAUGUCAAUUGUGUUUUUAUGACUGUUUAAAGUCAUUUCCACAGUUAAUUGCUUAAUUCUGAUGCAGUUUCUGAAAACUUCACAAGCACUGAAAAUCCUAGAAUAUGAUAUAUUUUAGGAGGUUUAUGAAAGGAUGGAAAGGACCUGGAAAAGCACUCUUGAAUACAGGUAAGAAUUCCUAUAACUUUAAUGAAAAGACUGACUGGUUUAUAAAAUCACUAACCCAGGUAGAACAAAAAUUAAUUGAACACCAAGAAAAUACUUUGCCAGACUUUCAUGCUAAAUCAACCAAUACUGAAAUUGUUUAGAUAUACAAUUUGAAUGAACUCCAUGGUCUAAGUCAAAUUACCUAUGAUAAUCCAUUAGUUAUCAGUGCUAUGCACCUAAAUUGGAUAAACAACUGGUAUUCAAGAGAACAUAAGUCCAACAUUAAGCGUGGGCUCACAGGGAACCAGGAGGGCUGCCUUGUCCUUUCUGAGUCCUCAAAACUUUUGUUAUUAAAAGUUCUGCAUUGUGUGACUCAUCAUGGAAAACAUAAAAUGAUCCAAAUUAAACAUAUAUUGGUGUGGUGAUUUCUAAAUUGCUAAAAUAGUUUAUGACCAAUGUUUGGUUUGUGAAACCCAUAUUCCUUGGAAGACAAAGCUUUAGGUACAUUUGGCAACUUGAUGGGCCAGUCAGACAUUUAUAGAGGGAUUUCAUUCAGUUGAAAUUUUCAAUGCAUGUUUUCUGGUUGUAUAAAAGCUUUCCCAUGCAAGAGGGCUGACGUUAUAACAGUAGAUUAUUAUACCACCAUGUAUUUUCACCAGGUAAAGAAAGCAUUUCAUGGUUCACUUACUGAGGACCAUCAACCCCUUCAUAAUUUAGAACCUGAAGAUCGGAUCUUCUGAGAACCUCAGAGAAAGAAUGCCCUUGGCAUCCACACUGCAGCAAAACUUCAGGACCUUGAACUUUGGGCUAAUAAUUUCACAACUGAGACGGGUUCAUCCACACCCUUGGAACUAUACCCAUUGGAACCCUUAAGGUAAAGCUAACCAAGGAAGUUUCUCCCCAGAAGAAGAUUGCAUCCUUGAUAUGAACAGCUUUUUCCCAAGAUCAUGCAUCAAGACUUCUCUACUAUCAUGAGACUCUCAUCUUUGAAUAUUUUUUCACUUGCUUAUGCUUCUAUGAACAAUAGAAGUGAAAAGGGGGUCUGUUGUGUGCACUAAUUGUGUAUACUUUUAUUUGUGAAGGAUUUUGAAGCCAGCCUUAUACAUGGAUAAGCUUAUACCUUGAUAGAUGGAAGAUGAGGCCCAAUGAAGGUUGGAGAUGUCUGCCCAGAGGUUAAUUUCUAACAGAACCUCCCAGCAAUCGGCAUCUAAUUCUGAUUACACCUGGGAAUAUGAAUAUUAUGAGAUUGGACCAGUUUCCUUUGACGGACUGAAGGCUCAUAAAUAUUCCAUUGUGAUUGGAUUUUGGGUUGGUCUUGCAGUCUUCGUGAUUUUUAUGUUUUUUGUGCUGACCUUGCUGACCAAGACAGGAGCCCCACACCAAGACAAUGCAGAGUCCUCAGAGAAGAGAUUCAGAAUGAACAGCUUUGUGUCAGACUUUGGAAGACCUCUGGAGCCAGAUAAGGUAUUUUCUCGCCAAGGCAACGAGGAGUCCAGGUCUCUCUUUCACUGCUACAUCAAUGAGGUGGAACGCUUGGACAGAGCCAAAGCUUUUCACCAGACCACAGCCCUUGACAGUGAUGUCCAACUCCAGGAAGCCAUCAGAAGCAGUGAGAAGCCAGAGGAGGAGCUGAACAGGCUCAUGAAGUUUGACAUCCCCAACUUUGUGAACACAGACCAGAACUCCUUUGGGGAGGAUGAUCUUCUGAUUUCUGAACCACCUAUUGUUCUGGAAACUAAGCCACUUUCCCAGACCUCACAUAAAGACUUGGAUUGAGAAGCAUGCUCUGUAAAGCGUCUUCCUGAAGAUGUGGAUUCUGUCUUUAUGUAGCAAGAAAUCUACAUCCACCAAAAUUGUGUGUGUUUGGGGGAGAGAGAGACACAGAGAUAGAGACAGAGAGACAGAGAAGAGACGCCUUUAGAAGAGAGCUGAGCUGAUUAAGCUGAGUGGUUUUUUGUUUUGUUUUGUUUUUCUUUUUAAUACAUUUGGAGCUUUGGGGGUAUGUAUUAAAGUAUUUACACCAAGCUUGUCCAACCCGCGGCAUGUGUCCCAGGACAGCUUUGAAUGUGGCCCAAUACAAAUUUUAAACUUUCUUAAAACAUGAGAUUUUUCUUUUUUUGCUAUUUUUUUUGAAGCUCAUCAGCUAUCGUUAGUGUUAGUGUAUUUUAUGUGUGGCCCAAGACAACUCUUCUUCCAAUGUGGCACAGGGAAGCCAAAAGAUUGGACAGCUCUGAUUUAUACCAGCCCGUCUUGAUUGUUGAAAAAUUUGGCCAAACACUUAUUGUCAGCAUUCUUGGGUGAGGAUUAGCCUACCAUGUUCUAAUCUGGCCCUGCCACUAGUAUGCUCUACCUUUAGCGAGUUGCUUUACCUCUCUGGGCUGCCCCAUUUUUAACUGUAGGUUGACAGGUCUGGAGUGAUCCAUCCCACCUCUAAUAUUUUGUGAAUUUAUGACUUUGCCUUCAGAUGAGGCUGAGCUAUACAUAAAACAGUAUAAACUAGGGUACCGCCUCGUAUCUCUUGUAGGCUCUCCCAAAUCUCUGUACCUUCCACUCAACCGUAAUUGAGCCAAGCUUUAGUCAGGGGAUCUGAGUGUCUACCAGAAUGCCAGGAGACUCAUCUUACACAGUCACGGUGGCCAGUGUUUCUGGUGGGUUGUGCUGAAAAAGCUCUUCUGAGAACUUCCAACCACCCAUGCUCUAAUCUGGGGACAGCCAUCCCCUGCCUCAGAAUAAGUACCAAUUCAUAGUACAUGCAUGGUACUCUUGUCCCCAAGAAAUGUUAGGAAGCUUGUCAGCUGAGUGAGAGGAGGUGCCUUCUGGGUAUCUCUGUGUUGGUGUAUCUGUGCCAUUGGCUACAGAACAAGAAAAAUACUAUUUGCCAUGCUAUUACCUUGGCAGAUGUGUAGGUGAUAGUCAUCUGGCUUUGAGCUGAGUUGGUCAGUGGGUUGUAAAUUCCCCACUAGCAGAUAUUCAGGGUGGCCUGAGUUAUGUAAACAUGUGAGCAACACAGCUUUAGUUUCAUGAGGAAUCAAAGCUGCACGCUGGUAUUAAAACAACUUGAUUUUGUGCACACAGUUGCAUGCAUGGCAAGCUGUUAAUCUCUGGGUGGCAUUUUCGUUAUGAAUUUGUUCACCACCUGUCUUGCUUAAGCUACAAAAUAAAUGCAUUUGACUGCACAGAAA